AUGGGGCCCGUUAUCGGGCGGGACGCCCGCCCGCUUGGCGGGGCGCCCGCGGGAGACGAGGCGCCAGACAUGAGGGCCUGGUUGCAACGUGCGAUCGCUCUUUGCCCGUGCGCCGCUAUCCUUGCCCAGACGCCCAGCGGCUGCCGUUGGCUGCUGGCCGCCAAUGGCUGCUGGGCGGCGCUGCCCGCCGCAGGGCGGCCGCCGCCGGCGGCCGCCGUGGACCCGCCGCGCGCCGCGUCGCCAGAGGCCCCCGCAGUGCAGCCGCGAAGGGGCGCGCGCGUCGGCAACGGCCGGCCUCCGCUUGCGCCGAAACCCGUGCCCAAGCCGGUCGCGCCAGUUCGGCGGGCAGGCGCCGAGCCCGAACUCGACUUGGAGGAGCUGUGUGUGUCCUCCGACAGCGGCUCGCGCACCGACGAGUGCCAGGAGAGUCUCUCCGCGGCGAGCUCCGAGGACGGGCGCUCGGCGGGCGGCAGCUCGACGGCGUCGGCUGAAGGAGCAGACGCCGAUGACGCCGAGCUUGCCUGGCUGCUGAGCGGCGGCCGCGGCGUGGUGGGAGGUUCCUGCCCGCCGCCCCGCUGGCCCAUGACCGUCGACAUGGACACAGCGGCUGCUUUAGUUCGGGCGUCGAUUGCGCGCCCGCCCAUGGAGGUCGACUAG